GUUAAAGAAGAAGAUGGACCAGCUGAUCGCCAGAGGGCCGUCUCCCUGACCGGAGCGACCAUCAUCAGGUAACCGUACCUGGAGAAGACCGGCGGCACCUACCGUAGCGAUCACAGCAGGGGAUGGGCAGGAGGACGGACGGCGGCAUCUAGGGAGAGAUUGCCAUGACCUAGAUGAGGAAGAAAGGAAGGACCGCCGACACCUGGGGUGUCGGUUCAUUAUGGGCGGCAAUACCGGAGGGGACUCGACGUCCUCACGAAGGAAAUGGAAGAAUAUGGUGCAUCUGGCCGAGGUGCAAAGACCACCUCUACCCAAGUGGAAGAAGAAGGAGCCAUUGGUCUUCACAGAUGAAGACUAUCCACCGGUUCUUAGCCCCCAUCGGGAAGCGCUGGUGGUAAAGGUAGAAAUCAAUAAUGUGGUAGUCCACCGCACAUUGGUCGAUACUGGCAGCUCGGUCAAUAUCAUGUAUAACAAUACCUUUAAGGAGCUGGGGUUGUCCCGGAACGACCUGAAGCCGAUCCAUACCCCGCUGUCGGGAUUUACGGGGGAUACCAUUGAAGCAGAAGGAACCAUCACGGUAAGGGCUGGGGUAGGAGAUGGCACCCACCGACUCUGGCUCGACGUGGAAUUUAUGGUAGCGCAGCUUGAUUGUGCACACCAUUUGAUCCUAGGGCGACUAGGUCUGGAGGACUUGGAGUGCGUAAUCUCUCCCGUCCACCUGUGCAUGAAGUUCAACACCCCUACCGGAGUAGGGGUGGCCAAAGGAAUCAGGAAGGAAGAGGGGCGACCUCGAGCUGAACCAGCGGAAGAGGUUGAAGAGGUCACCUUGGACCCAGCCAAGCCAGAGCAGAAGGGGAAGGUAGGUAAAACCUUACCUCAUAGGUCAAACGAGCAGCUAUUGGAGGUCCUGCGAGCAUUCAAGGUGCUAUUUGCUUGGGGCCCAGAGGACAUGCCCGGGGUCGAUCCGAAAAUCAUCUGCCAUAGGUUGGCAGUGGAUCCGACACAUAAGCCAGUCAAGCAGAAGAAACGUUUCCUUUCCUCAGAAAGGAGAGAAUUUGUCACUAAGCAAGUGACGACCUUGCAGUCCAUUGGGCACAUCCGGGAGGCCCACCCGGUCCACGUGCUAUCCCAAAUUCCAAUCGGAACCCUCCUCUGGAGUCUGAAUGCUCCGUCACGAGUUAGCAAGUGGGGAGUGUUCCUGGGAUCUUUCCUGAUAGAAUUCAAGCCACGACCAGCGAUCAAGGGGCAGGCCUUGGCGGAUUUUGUGGUAGAAUGCAUUGCAAGGGAAGUGGAAUCCAACAGAGAAGAACCCGAAGGAAAUUGGUGGAUUAUUUACAUCGAUGGACCGUCCGCGACUGACGCUUCGGGGGGAGGCGUCGUGGAAAUAUCACCGGAAGGAUUCAAGGCAUACUACUCCGUAAGGUUCCGGUUCAAGGUCCAGUGCGAUUCCAAGCUGAUAGUAGGCCACGUCACGGGAGAGUUUGAGGCCAAGGAUGAGCGAAUGAAGAGGUAUAGAGAUACUCCUCUAGAAUUACUUAAGGCGUUCGGGGCAUACCGGAUAGAGCAGGUCCCUCGAGAAGAAAAUGCCGAGGCGGACAUCCUGUCAAAACUUGGUCCAGACUCCCCAGAUCAUAUGAGACUGGCUGUUCUUCAAGGGGCUGUUCUUCAAGGUUUUGGUUUCACAGAAAAGUCCACUUCCCUACUUCUUCAAAACCUAAGGUCUACAUACAUAUCAGUUCUUGUCAAUGGGAAACCAUCAGGAUUCUUCCAAAUCAAGAGAGGAGUCAAACAAGAGGACCCCUUAUCCCCUCUCUUCUUCAUCUUGGGUUCUGAGGGUUUUUCCAGGAGCCUAGAACAUGCAAUCAAUAUUGGUUACAUAGCUCCUUAUAAGGCUGGCAGGAGUAUGGUUGUUUCUCAUUUGGACUUUGCAGAUGACCUGAUUGUGUUUCUCAAAGGAGAUUUCAGGAACCUACUGAGAUUCAAACACAUUCUAAAUAACUAUCUCAGAGCCUUAGGACAGGAAGUGAAUCAGAAGAAAAGCACAAUCUACUGCAAAAAGAAUUUCCAUGGGGACUAUAUACUCAAAGUGGAAGAGGCUCUUGGCUAUAGGAUUGACAACCCCCCCUUCAAAUAUCUGGGUUCUACCAUCACAACUGUACAGGACCUACCUAAGUCUAUCAUCAACUUGAUUCACUCUAAAUUGGCAAAUUUCUUUUGGGGAACUAAAAAUGGUAAAUACAAGCAUCACUGGGCUAAAUGGACCACUCUAUACAAACCCACUGGUGAGGGAGGGAUAGGUACCAGAAGCUUAUUUGACAUUCAAAAAGCCUCAGCCUUGAAGCUUUGGUGGAAGUCAGUUACAGAGCAAUCUAUUUGGGCCUCCUUUAUGAGGGACAGAUACUAUAGGGAUGGUCUUUUCGAAGCCAAAUUAUAUGACUCUUCCUCCCGGAAGAAAAUUUGCAGAAUUUCUCACAUAGGUCUCCGGAAUACUACCCUGUCCAAUCACACCUACAGUUGGAUCAAUGGAGAAUUCACCUUCAAAGAGGCUUACUGGGCAGUAAGGGAAAGGAAUAUCAGUGAGCAGCUUUUCACCCUUAACUGGAACAAAUUCCAGAUUCCUAAGGUUAAGCUUUUUUCACUUGGAAAGCUUUGAACCAAUUUCUCCCUUUUCCCAAUAUUCUCAAAAAACUGAAUUUUAACCUGCCUAGUAAGUGCUUAUUAUGUGGCAAGGCUGAAGCUACGGAUAAACACACGCUACUUACCUGUGAGAUGGCACAAAGCAUCUGGAAAGCCUUUGCAGACUACAUCGGAGGACCAGUUUGGAAACAAGAAACAGAGCUAAGGGAU